GGCGAGGCAUGUCGGCUCGCGCCGAUGCGGUCAAGGCGGGCGCGGGGUACAGGGAUAAGCCUAGGCUCUCGGGUCAACGGCCAUUUGACUAUAAACAUCCUCAAGGGCAGAGCUAUACCGGCCCUAGGAGAUGUCUAUCAUACUCCCAAGAGCCAUUUGCAGCAGCUGGUUGAAACCCGUUUCUACACAGCGACUUAGGACUCGACAAUCCCGGUUACAAUCCCUCAUUCCUUGGCCUUGGCUAGUUUUACCGGACAGAAGCCGACGAGAUUCUGCUAGAGGUUACUCAACAAAAUCAAUCCCAGCCACAUCUUCACCUCAUUUUCAGAAAAUGUCGCGAGCGAAAGGGGAUAGCGAGGGGAAGAAACAGCCUGCAUUGGCUCGGCCCAGUUCUAGUGUAAUUCUGGUCUCGCCCAAGAACGAGAUCCUGCUACUUCAUCGGGUCAAGACAUCGACCUCCUUCGCGUCGGCCCAUGUCUUCCCUGGUGGAAACUUGUCUAGGCAAGAUGGUCCAUGCCCGGCCGUAGGAGACCUUUCCAGGCACGAAGAUGGUCCUCAUUACCGACGGGCAGCAAUUCGAGAGUUGUUUGAGGAGAGUGGGAUUCUCCUUGCCAAGGAUGGGAGCUCAGGCCAGAUGCUUGUUGUUAAUGAAGCCACUCGCGACCAAGGUCGAAAGCUCAUUCAUCAGAACAAAGUGACAUUUGAUGAGUGGCUAAAGCAACAACAUCCGAAUGCUGAGCCUGAUACAGACCAAUUGAUUCCGUUCAGCCGAUGGGUUACCCCAACCACGAACCCCAAGCGCUAUACAACUCAAAUGUAUAUCUACUUCAUGCCAUUGCCCGUGAAUGCGGAUAAGAAGUUACUGAAUGAGCUGCCAAAAGAAGGAGAGCGCGAAGAAAUCCAAGUCCCCUCCAGUGACGGUGGUAUCGAGGUUACAGAAGCACAGUUCCUCCCGGCCGCGGAGUGGCUGCGCCGCGCACAGAGUGGAGAGAUCAUCCUCUUCCCACCUCAGUUCCUUCUACUGCAUUUGGUGUCCGGGUUCCUUGACAAUGAACCUCGAUCGGGUAUUUCUGUUGAGGAAAUGGAAAAACGCCGAGCCGGGCUCGUUGAGUUCGUGCACUCAGGCUCCCCCCCUUGGACGCACAAGUGCAUUUCUCCCAAGAUGAUGAAAGUGAUGGAGGAUGGACGUGCAGUUCUAGCGCUGCAUGAUCCGGGUCUUGAGCUGAAGGGAUCCAACCGACGAGGCGAGUCGGAGUAUGUUGUCCUUGUGCGGUUCACCAAGGGAACUGCCAGAGAGGUGACCGUCGCCUGGAAGAAGGAUAUUUUCAAAGAAGAGCGGAGUAAGAUUUAGACUAUACAUCGGACUAGUCCCUACUCUUAGAAAGCUUCUUACAUGAGUAUCUACAUAGUAUAGAUCAGAAUAAUACUACCGUACUGUACAUG